AACUGAACGCCGACAGUUCCUUGCGCCGCUCCCCGCCCGGUGUCGCGUCCACGAUGAGCAAAAAGGCCUCUAAAACGCCCAAGACGUCCCCGACGUACUCCCUCGGCGACGUCGUCCUCGGAAAAGUUCGCGGGUAUCCUUCCUGGCCGGGCAGGAUCGUCGACCCCGACUCCGUCCCCCCGUCGGUGACCAAGGAGCGCCCCCCUGGCAAGAAGGCCACCUGCUACUGCGUGCAGUUCUUCCCCAAGGGCGACUACGCCUGGUUAUACCCAAAAGACAUCUCCAAGCUACAGAAGCACGAGAUAGAGUCCUAUCUGUCCGACCCGCCGAACGCGAAGACCAAGGGCGAGCUCCACGAGGGCUACAAGAUCGCGCUCGACCCUGAGCCGUGGGCGGCGGAGCUCGCAGAGCGCAUUGAGGCUGCGGGGAUCCAGGAGGACGAUGAGGAGGAUGCGGAGAACGAGGUCGACGAGCUCGAAGGCAGCGAGGGCAGCUCGGAGUCCAAGUCGAAGAAGCGCAAGCGCGAGUCGGACGCGGGCAAGAAGAAGGCGGCAAACAAGAAGAGCGCCGCGAAGAAGGACGCGGGUGGCGAUGGCAAGAAGAAGGGUGGUCGCAAGAGCCAGACCAAGUCGAAGGCGAACAUCGAGAGCGAGGACGAGACGGGGGCCCACGACGCGAAGGAGGAGCCGCCCGCGAAGAGACCGAAGCGCGACGACGAAGAGGGCGGCGACCCCGCGGCUGGCUUGUUUAAGGAGUGGCGGCAUAAGCUGCAGAAGACUUUCCUCGGCAAGACCGAGGCCAAAGCCGCGGACAUGCCCGACAUCGACAAACUUCUCCAGAAGAUCGAGAACUACGGCGAGAUUCCGACGGUCGCACUCACGCACUCGAAGAUCGGCAAGGUCAUGAAGCAUAUCGUGCAGCUGCCCGCAGAGAAGAAACCCCGCGACGACGAGUUCCACUUCACCGAGCGCGCGCAGAAGCUGAUCGACGCGUGGAACCCGAAGGGCAGCGACAGCAAGUCGAACGGCGACGCGAAGACGGCGGAGGUCACCGACGGCACGGCGGCGAUGAACCUGAACGGGACUGCAACCCCCGCGGCGGAAGAGGAUGCGAAGGGCGACGCGGACGCGGAUGCGCCCGCGGAGGUGGACAACGAGAACGUGGGCGAGGAGUCGAUGCUGGCGGACGUGACGAUGUCGGAGGCGCCAUGAGCGACUGGCGCGCGCGUGCGUCGUCCGUCUACCACCCAAUGCUUCCUAUCACCCCGAAUCAUAUUGCUCUAUGCUAUGCUGCAUGUCGUCCUUCCUCGUGCACGUCGUGCAUGUUGUCCCCUUCGUACAUGUCUCUCUCCCUUCCCCAAUCUUGCUCUUCUUGUCUACGGCUCCCGUGCUGCGUGGGGCGUACGUGCGUUCUGAUAUCCUACUGCUUUUCUCUAUGUCCGUCCCCCCUCGUCGAACGCUGUAUGCAUGGUGUAGUCGAUUGCUUGAACUAAUCUCAAGUUUCUUUCCUUCCUA